AUGGUAUAUGUUUUCAAAGAUCUACUAGGCAAGAAAUUUUCAUCAUGCAGGCCGAAUUUUUUGGAUAGAAUGCAACUCAAUAGGAGAAGCCAGAUAGAUUUGGAUGAACAGAAAAUGUGUAAUCAGAAGAAGCGGAAUAUAUGCAAGAAGCAAGCUAUAUGUCUUAUUGAAGUUUCCUAUACAGCUAAUCUCCUGUCCUAUAUUAGACAUACUCUAAUUGAAAAAGAGUUCUUAAAAGAGGUGAAGAAUUAA